UUUGCCCUCAUCCAUUCUCCGAUUUCACAGGUUUCCGCCGGUCAGCAUUUACACCUGAGUGGUGACCUCAAGGCGGGAGUAUCCGUUGCAGCCCAACAGGGAGUAUUCUUCAGCCAACAGCAACAGCAACAAGCAGCCCAACAGCAGCAGCAGCAGCAGCAAUCGAAUCAGCAAUCUCAGCAACCCGGCCCUGGAGGUCCACAGCAAUCGCAGCAGGCACCGGGUAAUCCACAACAGCAGCAGCAGGGACCAAAUCCGAACGUCGGGAAUAACAGUAAUAGCAACAAUCCUAAUGGACCCAAUCAGAACAAUAGCGGUAAUAAUAGCAACAACAACAACGGUAACAAUCCUCAACAGCAGCAGCAACCAAAUCAGGCGCCUCCAAAUACUUCACAAGGUUCCUCACUCGAAUCGCAGUACACGGUUUCCCAGUCGCAGACGAUCAACUUCACGCAGCAGGCGUUGCGACAGCGGCAACAACAACAGCAACAGCAGCAGCAGGGAAAUGGCCCCGGAGGUCCAGGGCCGAAUCAGGUUCCUCAGCAACAACCCGGUGGCCCAGGGCAGCCGCAAGGCCCCAAUGGCCCUGGAGUACCCAACCCGCAAGGACCUCAACAACAGCAGCAGCCGCAUCAGCCGGGUGGUCCCAAUUCGGGAAUAUCCGCCGGUGGAAUGCCCCUUGGAGGACCAAUGGGCGGAGGUGGCCCAAUGGGACAGAACCCGAAUGCCCCUCUGGGAAUGGGUGGUAUGGCCAUGGGUCCGAACGGCGGUCUGAGUGGACUGAGUUCGAUGGUUUCGAAUACGAUGGGUGGCCCCGGGGCACAGAUGAUGCACAACAGCAUGGGUCCAGGAGGUCCAGGCGUACCUGGCGGUCCGAUGAGCAUGCGGUACAUGCAGCAACAGCAGAUGAUCCGAGCGCAAGCCAUGCAACAGCAGAUGGCUGUGGGAGGUCGGCCUCCGCCUCCGGACUACAAGGCGACCCAGCAAGGUGGCAAUCCCAGUGCGGCCAUGUUGGCCGCCCAGCAGCAGCAAAUGCUGCACGCUUCCGGUGGUCGGUUUCCGGGGGCGAUGCGAAGGAUAACGCAGCAACCGAUACCGCCGUCGGGUCCGAUGAUGAGGGCGCAGCAUGCGGCCUAUAUGCAGCAGCAUGGACACGGAGGGCCACGAGGUUUGGGAGGAUUCGGACCUGGUGCGGGCGGUCCUGGUGCGAUGGGCGGUGGCCCGGUGCAGAGGCCUCCGAAUGUACAGGUGGGCCCGGAAGGAAUGCCCAUGGGAUCGCAGCAGCAGGCCGAGUGGCGGCACAUGAUGAUGUCCCAGCAGCAGAGCAUGAGCUUUGGAUCGAGUGGAGGGAAUAUGCGAGCAGGAUUCGGUGCAGGUCCAGUAGCGGGCGGUAACGCCAUGGGAAUGCCAAACGGCGGACAGGUAGGGCGAAUGGACGGCAGUGGUGUCCCGGGUGCUGGUCCCGGCGGUAUGACCCAGCUCCAAAUGCAACAGCAGGCCAUGAUGAGGCAACAACAGCAACAGCAGCAGCAACAGAGCAUGGGAAUGUACCAGAGUCAGAUGGGAGGUGGUGCUGGAGCAGGUGGAAUGGGCCAAAUGCAGCAGGCCCAGAUGACGAUGAUGCAACAGCAGCAGGCCAUGAUGGGACAGAUGCAGAUGAACCAGAUUCACAUGAGUCAAACGCAAACGAUGUCCCUCCAACAACAGCAGCAGCAGGCGGUGAAUCAGCAACAACAAUCUGUGAUGAAUUCGUUCAACAAUCCGGGUAUUGGUCCUGGUCCGGGUCCGGGCGGGGGCGGACCGGGUCCCGGCCCCGGAGGUAACCCCAACAGUAGUAACAAUAGUAACAACAACGGUAAUAGCAACGCAAACAAUAGCAGUAGUAACAAUAACGGUGGCGGUCCAAAUGGCGGACCCAACGCAGGCAACGCUUCCUCCGUCAUGCCAAACGCGGACUUCAGUUUGGAGUUCCUGGAAAACCUUCCGGUGGGCGAUCCGAGCCAGUUCAAUGCUCAGGACCUGCUCAGUUCGCUGGAUAACGAGAACUUUAACAUCCAGGACAUUCUGUAAGCCAUGGUUGGCGGGAAUGUUUGGUGCAUUUACAACGCGUACAGUAGGCGGCGGCUGGUGGUGAGCCAAAGGCUCGUUUCCAAUGCAGCCAACUUGCAUGCAAUUCGCUUCGUGUGGAUUCAUGAUGCCUGUUGCUACGGUUGAGGCAAAUCGUAGCAGGCGUGAAGUAGGGAAAAUUUGCACCAUCAGAUCAAGGUUUUUCUGAUUCUGUUCCAUUUCAUCAGAUUGCACAGUGGCAAAACAGGUGUGAAACGCUUUUUAGUGAAUCCCUUUAUUAUAUCUGCUGGGAGUGAUUCUUUGCAGAUUUAUGUCCAUAGAAGUCUUGUUCUGAAAACGCGCUCUACUACACAAAACCACCUGAUUUUCAUACAAAACCAUCCAUCUUGGCAUGCUCUAACUAUGUGCGAUUGAUCAGUUACAAUACAGAGAACAAAAAUUCACUUACACACUUCUUUGAUUGGUCUUGGAAGUCUGUUCUCUACAGUUUCAACAUGCCAAAGUUGACUGUUUUGUAUGGAAAUUGGCUUUCGCCGCUAUUUUUUUUAUAAACCCACAGCUCGAGAAUCAAAAAACCGAUAGCGUAAAGAAGACGAAUCAAAACUAAUGAAACACAGUUCUAAGAGAAUAAUGCAACAAUGCGGGGGUUGGAGAAACUCUGUUUCCAGCAGUUUCCCCCCGGAAAUCCUGUAUAUAUGAGACUAUUAUUAUUAACAUAUUAUUGCCUAAGUAGAAGUACUUUGCUUACCCGUUACAAAACACCCAUCAACAAACCUAAUCGUAAGGCGAGCCAGUGACAGCUGUUUUUCAAUAUAGAUACGUUGUACAGUUUUACCCCCUCCGUAACGCAUAAUUUAUUAACUUCCAUGCCAACACAAACACACUAACGAAAACAUGUGUCGUCGAACAAGGAACUCUCUAUCGUUUAAAAACGGACAACCGUGUUAGAUUUUAGAUUUAGGACUUAGAAAUGACCAUGCGUGCACCGUAGAGCACGCUGGAAAACAUUCCUUUAAGAGACUACAGAGAAACAGAUAUAUUUGUUGAUGUCAUCAGUCAGUCUGCCAUUUUUUUUCUGGGUUAAUAUUUGUGCUUCAUCGAUGAUUCAGAUUAGCGGAAAUACAUUGCUGUAUUCACUCUCGUUAAGACGUAUUUAUACAAACAACAACACUUAAAGGAAACCCCCUUUUUAGGUGGGAAGUCCCCCACCGCAAUGAGGGAAAAUUGAACAAAAUAUUCUAAACAACAAACGGAAAGUAAGAACAACCUAAAUUAUUAUGAUAGAUUACGAGGUGCGAGUACUAGCGGAGCAGCGGGGAGGGAAAAAGGGGAGGGAACUAACCGAAACGGUUGAAACUGUGUAUACAAAAGAAAUCAACAAAAGAAACUUUAACUAAAACUAAACACUAUGUAAGUCAGCAAAGAAAAGUAAAUUAACUUAAAUGAAAAAUCAUAAAAUGUCAAAACUUGCAUUGAUAGAAGGGAAGAGGUAGCAAAAAUCGUUUGAAAACAAGUCAUUAAUCAAAGUGAUAACAUGUAAGAACCGGAAAUUAUUAUGAUCGAUCAUCCUUUAAAAUAAAAUCAAGAAUCAAAGUAGCAAAAGGUAAAAGAAUCUGUAUAAAGUCAAUAGAACAAUUACUGCACUGUACUCUCAAACUUUAAAACAAAGCUCGAGCUGUUCUUGUGCUAUAUGGAUUGGCAUCAGGAAAAUGGUUAUCAUCGUAAUAUUAUAGUCAACGUCAAGCCUAGAGGAUCCCUGUAUUAUUUGAUAGAGGUAUACUGCCCCCACUCGCAUUACAGUCCCAUUUGCAAAAAGUAGGAAUUGAGAAAACAGCGUUUGAAGUUUGACGACUCGUUCCCAUACAAAACUUUUAAAAAUCGUCAUAACUUGAAAAAUGUUUGGAUCAUCUCGAAACUUUCACAGAUUGCUUUGCACCUGAAUACAUAACUGUGAAAAAUAUUAGGAUCACCAAAAAAUUGUUCAGUUUUGUGUUACAUGAUACAAAAAUCCAUGAUGGGACUGUUAUGCGGGUACUUUCAAUAUGGGACACUCAUGAUUUGUUAUUUUUUUCGUAUAUCGACAUAAAAAUCCGCAAUUUUUAUUAAGGGUUUUGAAAUUACGUUGAAAAUGAUGAUGAUUCCUUACGAUAACUCAAAAGUGAUGAAAAGCCAAAUGGGACUGAUAUGCGAGUGGGGGCAGUAUACCGGAUGGAACUUCUCAAAUAAUCACAGAAAGAACUCCUGGAGGAAUGUCGGAAGAAAAUCCUGAAAGAAUACUAGAUCAACCAUUGGAGGAAAUCCUGCGGAAAAGCCUAAAGUAGUUUCUGGAGAUAAACCAAAAGUUAAUUCAGUAAAAAUCCCGUAAAAAUCCUGGAGAAAUUCCAGAAGAUACUCCUGGAGGAAUUCCAGGAAGAAAUUCUUGGACAAAUCCCGCAGAGAAUUUCUAGAGGAAUCCGAGUAAGAAUGCCUGGAAUUAUCCCAGAUUAUAUUCCUGGAGAAACCUCAAAACGAAUUACUGGAGGAAUUCCGGAAGGAAUUCCUGGAAGAAUCCCAGAAUGAAUUCCUGGAGGAAUCGCAGAACGAAUUCUUGGAGGGAUCCCAGAAGGGAUUUCUGGAGAAAUCCCAGUAGGAAUUCCUGGAGGAAUUCCAGAAGGAUUUCCUUGAAGAAUUCUAGAAGAAAUUUCCUGAGGACUUCCAGAAGGAAUUCCUGGAAGAAUUUCAGAAGGAAUUACAGGAGAGAUUUCGGCAGAAAUUCCUGAAGGAAUCACUGAAGGAAUUUCUUAAAAUAUCCCAGAAAGAAUUCCUGGGAAGAUUCCAGAGAAAAUUCCGGAGGACUUCCAGACGGAAUUUCUAGAGGGAUUCCAGGAAAAAAUCAAGAAAUAAUUCCUUGAGGAAUUCCGGAAAAAAUCCUGGUGCAAUUCCAGAAUGAUUUUUUUAGGGAAUUCCUAAACGAAUCCCAGAAGGAAUUCCUAGAGGAAUCUCAGGAGCUAUUCUUAGAUAUAUCUCAGAAGCAAUUCCUGGAAGAAUCCCAAAUGGAAUUCCUAGAAGAAUCCCAAAUGGAAUUCCUAGAGGAAUCCCAGAAGGAAUCCCUGGAGGAAUUCCAGAAAGAAUUCCUGUAGCAAUUCCAGAAGGAAUGCGUGGAGGAAUUCAAGAAGGAACUCCUGGAAGAAUUCCAGAGGAAUUCCUGGAUUAAUUUCAGAUGGAAUUCCUUGAGAAGUUUCAGAUGGAAUUCCUGGAGGAAUCCCACAAGAUAUUCCUGGAGGAAUUCCAGAAGGAACUCGAGAAAGAAUUUCAGAAGGAAAUUUUGGAGGAAUUCCAGAAGGAAUUCCUGGAGGAAUUCCAGAAAAAAGGGAAAUUCCAGAUGAAAUUUUUGGAGGAAUUUCAGAUGGAAUUCCUGGAAUAAUUUCAAGAGGAAUUCCUGGAAGAAUCCCAGAAGGUAUUCCUGGAGGAAUUCCAGAAAGAAUUCUAGAAGGAAAUUCUGGAGGAAUUCCUGAAGAAAUUUCUGGAGGAAUUCCAGAAGGAAUUCCUGGAGGAAUCCCAGAAGCAAUUCCUGUAGAAAUUUCAGAUGGUAUUCCUGGAGAAAUGCCAAAAGGAAUUCCUGGAGGAAUCCCAGGAGGAAUUCAUGGAGAAAUUCUUGGAGGAAUCCCAGAAGGAAUUCCUGAAGGAAUUCCACAAGGAAUUCCUGGAGGGAUUCCAGAAGGAACUCCAGGUAGAAUUCCAGAAGAAAAUUUUGGAGGAAUUCCAGAAGGAAUUCCUGAAGGAAUUGUAGAAGGACUCAUAUGGAAUUCCUAGAAGCAUUUCAAGAGGAAUUCUUGGAGGAAUCCCGCAAGGUAUUCCUAGAGGAAUUCCAGAAAGAAUUCCAGUAGGAAAUUCUGGAGGAAUUCCAGAGGGAAUUCCUGAUGGUAUUCCUAGAGAAAUGCGAAAAGGAAUUUCUGGAGGAAUCCCAUUUGGAAUUCAUGGAGGAAUCCCAGGAAGAAUUCUUGGAGGAAUCCCAGAAGGAAUUCCUGAAGGAGUUGCAGAAAGAAUUCCUGGAGGAAUUCCUGUAGAAAUUUCAAAUGGAAUUCCUGGAGGAAUGCCAGAAGGAAUUUUUGAAGGAUUCCAAGGAGAAAUUCCUGGAGGAAUCCCAGUGUGAAUUGCUGGAGGAAUCCCAGGAGGGAAUUGCUGGAGGAAUCCCAGAGGGAAUUUCGAGAUGAAUUCCAGAGGGAAUUCCUGAAGGAAUCCCAGGGGUAAUUUCUGGAGGAAUCCCAGAAGGAAUUCCCAGAGGAAUACGAAAAGGAAUUUCUGGAAGACUCCCAGAAGGAAUUUCUGGAAGAGUCCCAGUAGGAAUACCUGGAGGAUUUUCUGGAAGAAUCUCAGGAAGAAUUUCUAGAGGAACUCAUGAGGGAAUUCCAGGAGGAAUCCCUAGAGAAAUUUCCGGAGAAAUACCAGAAGGAAUUCGAAAAGAAAUCCUAGAAGGAACUCCUGGAAGAAUCCCAGGAGGAAUACCUGGAAGAUUUCCAGGAGAAUUUUCUGGAGCAAUCCCAGGAAAAAUUCCUGGAGGAAUUCUAGAAAGAAUUUCUUGAGGAAAACCAGGAAGAAUUCAUGGAGGAAUCCCAGGAGGAAUCCCUCAAAUAAUUCCUGGAACAAUCCCAGUAGGAAUUCCUACAGGAUUCCAGAGGGGAAUCCUGGACGAAUUCCAGUAGGAAUUCCAGGAGGAAUUCCUAGAGGAAUCCCAUGAGAAAUACUUGGAGGAAUUCCUGGAGGAUUCCCAGGAGGAAUCUCAGGAGGAAUUCCUGGCGAAUUCUCAGGAUGAGUUCCUAGAGGAAUCCCAGAAGAAAUUUCUAGAGGAAUCCCAGUGGGAAUACUUGGAUAAAUGCCAGGGGCAAUUCCUGCAAGAAUUCCAGGUGGAAUUAGAGUAAUCCCAGAUGGAAUUUUUGGAAAAAAAAAUUCUGAUCGAACUCCUGGAGAUUCCUCCAGGAAUUCCCCCAGAAAGUCCUCCAGGGUUUCUUCCAGGAUUUCUCCAGGAAAUUCCAUCAAGGAUUCUUGGAAGGAUUCCUUCGAAAAUUUUGUCCAGAGAUCCCUCCAUGGAUUCCCCCAGACAUUCUUUCAGGAAUGCUUCGAAAGUUGUACUACACUUGGGAAGCUGCAUAGAGUAGCGAUACUUUGGCAAAGAAAAGUACUAAGAACUCUCCAAACAGGUCUGGACAGAUAUUCAUGGAAUGGAGCUCAUUAUGACUGCUAUGGCAACCAAUUUCCAUUUCUUAUUCCAAAUGCCACUAAGAACCACAACCACACAUCUCUAUAUAUCAAAUGACAAAAUCUAUAUCGUUAUCUCAACUUAUACACAACCGAACCACUAUAAUCAAUAAUCAUACUCAUUUAAGCCGGUAGAACAAACAUGAAUCACGUUUACAAACACACCUGGCACAGAUUGAACCAAAAAAAAAAUCAAACGCUGAUCCGCUAAUUUAUAUUGAACAUACUAACGGGAGGAACAGUUCCUUGAAGUUGGGAGAAAAACCGGGAAAACCGCAAACAAACUAUUUAUUGAUCAAAACCUAUCAACAGCUAUUCUAGAACAACUCGAUAAUAGUAGUAAACAUUUAGCAAAAAGUAGCAAAAAGAACAAACCAUUGGUACUAAAGAAAAAGAUAAACAGAAUCAUUUACAUACUAUUAAAAGUAGUGGCGAAAAGCAACAACCCAUCAAAUAUAUACCACAAACAUUUAAUCGAUAAUCGAGAAGAAUUGAAACAAAUGUGGCAUCAAAACUUUUGAGUAAAUCUAGA